AAAGGUACAUGGCAUUCAACCGCAGAAGACAUGACCAGACGUCAGAGCUGGCUCCCGGUUGGGAUAUGAGUGACUUUGCGGAGGAUGGUGCCUAAAUUAGGCGUGCCAAUUUCCUUACCAGGGCUUUAUAAGGCAGUGGUGCCGGCGGAGGUGGCCAGGAUCCUGUACUCCAAACACAGCUGUCUUCUCGUGGAGCCCUGAAGCCAGAGCAGUGCCAGGAUGGCACAGAAGCUGGCCCCUCUGUUGCUUCUCCUUCUCUCUGUCCAGGGCGCCCUGGCCCUGAGGAUCUGCUCCUUCAAUGUACGGUCCUUUGGGGAAAGCAAGAAGGAAGACCAGAAGGCCAUGGAUGUCAUUAUGAAGGUCAUCAAACGCUGUGACAUCAUCCUCCUGAUGGAAAUCAAGGACAGCAACAACAUGAUCUGCCCCAUGCUGAUGGAGAGGCUGAAUGGAAAUUCAAGGAGAGGUAUAACAUACAGCUAUGUUAUUAGCUCUCGGCUUGGAAGAAACACCUAUAAAGAACAAUAUGCCUUUCUCUACAAGGAACAACUGGUGUCUGUGAAGAAAAACUACCUCUACCAUGACUAUCAGAAUGGAGACACAGAUGUAUUUUCCAGAGAGCCCUUUGUGGUCUGGUUCCAGUCACCUCAUACUGCUGUCAAAGACUUUGUGAUUGUUCCCUUGCACACCACCCCAGAGACAUCUGUUAAAGAGAUCGACGAGCUGGCCGAUGUCUACCUGGAUGUGAAACGCCGUUGGAAGGCAGAGAAUUUCAUUUUCAUGGGUGACUUCAAUGCCGGCUGCAGCUAUGUCCCUAAGAAGGCCUGGAAGAGCAUCCGCUUGAGGACUGACCCCAAGUUCAUUUGGCUGAUUGGGGACCAAGAGGACACCACAGUCAAGAAGAGCACCAACUGUGCAUAUGACAGGAUCGUCCUUAGAGGGCAAGAGAUCAUCAGUUCUGUUGUUCCCAAGUCCAGCAGCAUCUUUAAUUUCCAGAAAGCUUACAAACUGACUGAAGAGGAGGCCCUGGACGUCAGCGACCACUUUCCGGUUGAAUUUAGACUACAGUCUUCAAGGUCAAGGACCUUCACCAACAGCAAAAAAUCUGUUGCUCCAAGGAAGAAAACAAAGGCCAAAGGCACCUAGAUACAAGGGUGCUAUUUGAUUAAACAUUUCUUGCCUCUAAAUAAAAUGGCUCUAACAGGUAUGACCUGCUCCCUGCACUUCAGAAACAAGACUGGUCCAACUGCUUUCAUUUUUCAACCUGAAUUUAUUCUGACUGGAGCCAAAUUGGAAGGAGAGUUGUUUAUUAUCCCUGUUGGGUUCACACCUGAGCUUCCUAGUCCAAAAGGGUGAUCUUCAUGCUCUGAGUUAGAGCCCCACCUGCUGCUGCGGGGGCCUGCUCAGCUCUACCCGAGAGGCUGCAGAUGUAGGCCAGUUUCCAGACCUCAUCCUGGGCCAUGACCAGGAAGGCCAAGACCCCAGAAAUGCCAAAUCUCAGCUGCACCCCAUGAUUUGGAUAAUUAACUGUUUAAUCUGACCCCUCCUCUCUGAGGUCAAGCCACCACUACGCCUCACAGGUAUGAAGCAUGAAGGCCUCUCCCUCCUGGUCUCCCUGCCUCUGAAUCAUCCUCCUCCAACUCAGCCAGCCCAGUGACCACCAGCGCCAUCCUCAGAAACGCUGCUCUGACCCCCAUGCCUAUAAAUCCUUCAGGGGUUCCCAUCACCAUCCAAAAGAGCUUAGACUUUAGACAACAUGAAGGUCUCGCUUAUCUGGCAUAAACCACCAACCAUGCUGUCUGCCGGUCUCUGCCCAGCCCUGUGAGCUCCCGCAGGUCACAGGUUGUCCUCCACCCUGUGCACCCCACUCCCUCCCUUGGGGCUUUGGACCCAUCCCGUGACUGUGACCGCUCUAUCUCAGAGUGUUAUCCAAGUGCCUCUGGCCCCCAACGUGCUCCCUACCCUCAUUGCAGCAUUAAGCACAUUGUACACGUGUCUGUCACCAGGGUCAGUACUGGAAGUCUUUGGGAAUCCUGGUCUGGGACUCAAGGAUUUUGUUAUCUUUCUAUACCCAAAGAGGCCCAUAAGAAUCCAGCAAGGAGGCACCAUUUACCUGUAUCCGAGGUGCCGUUUUUGUUUGCUUUGCUUUGUUUCUCCAAUGCCAUUUCUUUGUUCAAGUAGUACAUGAGCAGGGCUGUGUGUGAGAGCAGCCCCGGAGAGCAGGCAGUGAAAAGGAAAGCUGUGCCCUGACCUCAUCCAUGAAUUUCCUGUCUCGGGGGCAGCCCCUCUUCCCAGCUUUUGUUUUCUUCCACAGUCUGCACAUAAAUGAGCACCAUAUGUAACCUUAAAAAAUACAAAAUGUAGCAUGCCAUA